AUGGUAAGACGCAAAGGUAGACCGCGUCUUAACGAAGAACGAUUCCACAGUAGAAUUGACCACGCCCCCACGGAAAGAGGGACUAGCAAGAGCGUUGGGACAUAUAAACAUCACAUGGCCUUAGAUAAUUAUACCAGCGCGCUAGAAAAACUGGCCUUACAGUUUACAGUAUCUUCCGAUGAUGAUAAGGAUGAGAGUAGUAGUCACCACUCAGCUUCUUCUGAAGACACUUUGGCCAUGAAUGACAAUGAUAUUCAGUUCUUGAAUGAAAAAUACAACAUGAUUAAUCAAUGGGAUGUUAUUGAUCAAUUGGUCAAAAAUUCGACUAAUGAAAUUGGAGAAAGAUACACAGAAAAUACCACCACAGCAGACUCUGAACAAGAAACAAAAUUCAAACCACAGAUAGAACAGCCUCUGGAGCAGAGAGAAAAACCCAUAUCCCCCUCAAAAGUGAGCAGCAAGGGUAAUCUUAUCAUCUUCGCAACAAUUGUCCUAUUGGCAGUAUCGUCGACUAUAAUAUGGCUCGUACUUCACGCCAACAUAUCUUUUCAACUGCCUUGGCAGAGCCGCUCUGUAACUACUUACCUUCCUGCUAGUUCUCUUAGCACCAUCAACUCUAAAUUUAGAGAUUUGGAAUUGAAAGUCACACAACUGGAAUUUAAUAAUAAGAAUGUACAUCAAUCACUAGAAAAAGUUGAUUCGAAAGUUCAUGCUUUAGAGAAUACCCACAAGAAGUUCGAAUCGGAUUUGAAUAAUCAUGUUUCAUUGGUGGAUAGCCAACUUGAUCGGUUAAGGGAUAUACACAACUUGCCAGAUUACAUCCUGGAUAAUAUAUGGAAGCAACUUCCUCAACACCUACCAAUUAUCGUGCAGUCGAAUGGAGACAUCGAACUCACUCCUGAACUAUAUAAUUAUCUGAUUUCAUUAAUCAAUGAAAACGUCCCUCAACAAACCUGGGAGGAGUUUGUGGAACUGAAUAGAGAUCCUAUCAAGGAUAUUUUAGUUUCUAACGUUCAAAGUUUAGGAAUCGUUGAUAAGCAACUGUUGAGAUCAGAAAUCGAAGAAUCAUUAAGAAAGUCUGAAACAUCAAUCGAUAACAAAAUCCAAGCGCUGAAGGAAGAUUUGAUACGUCAAUACCUUGACACUUCUCGUAACUCUGAACCAAAAUUACCUGAUUUGGAUGAGAAAGAUCCAGCUCUCUUGACAUCAUUUCAAUCACUUCUCAACCAGGUUCUUAGUAAUUCGGGACCAUUAAAUGAGCAUGAAAUGCCCAAGAAUUUUGCAGAGUAUUCGCUUGGGUCGUCAAUAAUUCCAAAGUAUACAUCCAAGACAUUCAAGCAACGUCAAGAGAAAAAACGGAAGCACCCAAUAGAAAGAGCACUUUUAGGUUGGCUAGAUUUCUUGUACCGAAAUUACAAAUAUACCAAAAGCUACCUAUCAGACAACGAAAACUAUACAGAUGGUCUAGGAAGGGUUAUUACGUCACCUGCAAAUAUUUUGAAGCCAGGAAAAAAUCUAUAUUGGGAGACCCCAAUUGAACCACGGGCAAGUAUCGGAAUAAGAACACCAGAAUCUUUCUAUCUUACCGGGCUACUGCUUUCUUAUCCCACACAGCUUGCAGAUCUCGAGUUGGCCAUUAAAGAGUUUACUGUAUAUGUCAAACCAUAUCAUGCUCAAGAUUACGAGAGAUUGUUCAACGCAUUGUUGUUGCUAUAUGAGCAAGAGCCCUUCAUCAAAGGAUUUGUUCAAAUCAAAAAGGACACAUUCAUGGUCAAAGAGCUUCCAAAUGAUCAAGAUCAAGAAUUUGAAUUUCCUCAACUAUUUGUGGACCUUGCGAUUCCCAUCAGAGAAAUAGUAUUAGUGGUUAACUCAAACUGGGGCGAUCCAUUACGAACAAGAAUAUAUCCUUUGCAAUUAUUUGGGUUCGAUGAGCAACAUUUGAAAAAUGCCAAGAAAGUUUUACGUCUUCCUGCCAACUUUCCAAAUACCAAGCUUAUUGAAAGACUUAGGGAAUACUAA